CGCCUGGCCAUUUCGCACCACGCUUCCCUCGCCUCGUCCGAUUUCGAAAAGAGUUUCGUCCCCAAUUUCCUUUCACUCGGAUUUCACCGACCCAGCGAGAGGCCCCCCGCCGAGGCUCCGGGAGAGACCGCCGCCAAGAUGCCCGGGAGGUGGCGGGUCUGGGGCCAGCCCGACGGCCGCCUCGUCUGGAUCCCCGCCCCCGAGCCCGACGCGCCGCCGCCGCCUGCCGCGGCUCCGCCUCUUCCUCCUCCCCUGCCGCUGGGGCGCGGUGCGGGGAUAGCCGCGGAUCCAUCCGAGGACGCGCUGGCGAAAGGCCGGGGCGCUGCCGACGGAUGCCGCGUCGAGUCCAUGGCCGACCUCCUCGUGCAAGCUCGGAACACGCUGCUCGAAGGUGACGGGAUGUCCGGAGCAACUGUCGAUGCAGGAGAGGGUCAGCUGUUCUGCACUGGAUCAGGGAGGUCAGUGUCUGUCAGCGAGAGGGCUAUAAGGAGGGCCAGGGCGUUGGUCGGGGAGGAGGUGGAGAAGGCUGGUAACAAGAGAAAGCAACCGUUUGACGACGUACCUGGUGCAGAGGGCGAAUCGAGAGAAAUGGACGCCCCAUUUAGAGGUGGAGUGCAUAACACUACCGUGCCCCCAGUGUUCCAAACUGGAUCCGGAAAAGCAGUUUUGCUGGGCAAGGACUCGAUCCAGAAGGCAAGAGCUAUUUUAGGAGAGCAACCGUUUGACCAUGUACCUGAUGCAGAGGGCGAAUCGAGUGAAAUGGACGCCCCAUUUAGAGGUGGAGUGUAUAACACUACCAUGCCCCCAGUGUUCCAAACUGGAUCAGGAAAAGCUGUCUUACUGGGCAAGGACUCAAUCCAGAAGGCAAGAGUUCUUUUAGAAGGUGUUGAUAGUGCUGCUGGUGCCGUACAACCAAUGUUCCGUACUGGAAUGGGUAAGCCGGUUCCUGUGAGCCGGACCUCUAUUGAUAAGGCAAGAGCUGUUUUGGAGGGACAAACAGUUGCAGAAAAAGGUGUGGAUGGCAUGGAACAGUUUCCAUUGUUCCAAACUGGUUCAGGACGAGUUGUCUCAGUCAGUGCGGCAUCUGUUCAGAAAGCUAAGUCUGUUUUGAAGGAUAAUAAUACAAGCGAGGAAAAUACAGAGAGUUUUGGUAGGCCUAACCAGCCUAUGAUGUUCCAAACUGGUUCAGGAAGAUCAGCCAUGAUCAGCGAAAGAUCCAUUGAGAGAUCUAGAGCUGUGGCGAAUGAGGGAGAUGCGGAAAAGAGCGGACAUUGGGAUACUGAUUGCCAGUUCCCAAUGUUCCAAACAGGAUUAGGGAAGCCUGUUGCUGUGAGCUGGAGCUCAGUCCAGAAAGCAAAGGCAGUAUUGGAGGAAGAAAAUAUUAAAACAACUGGACGUGGAGGUAGCAGUGAUUGUGCCACAACUCUUCAGACUGAAACGCCAACAUCUGUUUUGAUGAGUAGCAGUUUGAUCAUGAAUAGUAGAAGUGUUACACCGAAGGAAGAUAGUGCAAUGCAAGUCACUCGAACAGAGAAAAAUCACAAGGAUGAUGACCACGUGCCGUUGUUUCAAACUGGGUUAGGGAGGUCAAUUGCUAUAAGUAAGAGCUCACUUAAGAGGGCAUCUGCAGUUCUGGAGCCAAGGAAUAUUGCAAAGGAAUUGGAAGAUGAAGCUCAUUUAGAUGGUGCCCAUGACACUCCAGUGUUCAGAACUGGAUUAGGAAGGUCUAUCUUAGCAAGUGAGAACUCUAUAAAGGAAUUGCCUAUCUUAGAGGCUGAAGAAGCAGUAAAAAGUGUAAACAAUUACAAAGGGGAAACCUUUGUUGAAGACGCAACGUUCCAAGCUGGAAUACAAAAGUUUGUACCCCAAAAUGGAAUUUCAAGCCAUAAGGCCAGUAUGCUUUUGGAGCAACGAAACUUCAUGGAGAAAGGAUACGAAGACUCUGGAAGUCAACUGCCAAUGUUUCGAACCGGAUCUGGAAAGUCGGUCUUGAUUAGUGAAAGCUCAGUGCAGAAAGCAAGGGCUGUUCUGGAGGAAGAAGGCAAAAUAAACAGAAAUAAUCAUAAGCUCCUUAACAUGGACAAAAAAAUUCCUGUGUUUGCGUCACCUCUCAAGACAAGCUGUGCAAGAACAGUAAAUAUAUCUUCAGUUGGCGUGUCUCGAGCUGCUACUUUGUUGGGCUUGGAGGAGAAUACCCUUUCAACACAAUUUUUUGGACAUGUGGGGGAUAAGCUGGCCACAAGAAUAAAUUUUGAGCAGGAAAAUCCAGAACAGAGGCUUGGUAUUGCAUCUUAUCCAACAGAAAACCAAGUGCACAAGGAACCACACUGGCCAUUUGAGCUUUCUAAUAACACAGUUUCUGAUUCUGGUGAGCAUUCUAUCAGAUUCAGUACCGCCGGAGGCAGAUCAAUGGCUAUUUCUAGUGAUGCACUUGAACGCGCAAAAAGCCUUCUGGGUGAAUCAGAUCUCGUGGUUUCAACAAAUAAUUUAGUAGGCUACCCUUUGGGAUCUGCUUGUAAUGAUAAGAUGCAAAAUUCAACUGUUGCGCCAAAAGAAGGUGGAUCUGAUUUAUCUAAAAGAAGAAGGGUCAGUGGAAGAACCGAACUUGCAACAUUUUCCCACCAGGCAAUGUCUGAUAGGAAGCACACUGGAUCCUUUGGAAAUGCUGUAUCUGAUAUCCAUCCAACUAGUGAAAACACCAAUACGUUUCAUGUUGGGAGUCGUUCAACCAGUGAAAUUCCAAAGAUCAUGAAGCCUUCUUCCAGGUGUUUAUCUGAAACUGACAACGCAAAUGACCCUAAAGAUAAGACCCGGCAACUCCAUAUGCCAGCUGGAGCGUUGGUUGACAUCAGUAACUUCAUGGGUGCACAUUCUGGAAAUAUUGACCAUGUUGUUAAUGAGAAGAGAAGAAUUGGGGGAAGAAACUCCACAUCUUCCUUUAAACGGCCCCGCUCUUCCAGGUUCAUCACGCCUAUAAGCACCAACAAACAGUCCUCUGCUGGAGUACUCAAACUACCACCAACUCAGAUCACUUCCUGUCGAACAAAGCUGUCUGCAUCUUAUCCUUUUCAACAUAAAAGGAAGACUUGGAAAGAGUAUUUUGGUGGUCCUCCCUGCUUCAAUUGUUUGACGGAACGUACAACAGCUGAAGUGAAGCUCAUGGAUGCAAAAGGAGCAGGGAAGUACAAGUUUCACAAUAUGAAUACUGGUGCAGAAGAAUUUCAGAAGUUGCUGAUUGCCUGUGGGGCUUCAUUGACAUAUGCAACUAAAGAAUGGGUGAACAAUCACUAUAAAUGGAUCGUAUGGAAACUUGCUUCACUUGAGAGGAGCUAUCCAACUAAAGCUGCUGGCAAAUUCUUGACAGUUGCUAAUGUUUUAGACGAGCUGAAGUAUAGGUAUGACAGAGAAGUGAACAAUGGCCAUCGAUCAGCCAUAAAGAAAAUUUUAGAAGGAAAUGCUUUGCCAUCUUUGAUGAUGGUGCUGUGCAUUUCAGCUAUUUAUUCCCAUCCUGAUGUAAAUAAGUUAGAGGCUGUCGGGACAGAUGGAAAUGAAAACAGUAUCGACAAUAAAAGCUUGUUAGCUGCUAAAAGAAACAUGCCUGCACACAUUGAAUUAACUGAUGGAUGGUAUGCACUAGAAACGUCAUUAGACGUGGCACUUUCAGAACAACUACAGAAAAGAAAGCUUUUUAUAGGACAAAAGCUUCGGAUAUGGGGAGCUUCUUUGUGUGGUUGGACUGGGCCUGUGUCAUUUCAUGAGGCAUCUGGCACCGUCAAAUUGACGGUCCAUGUGAAUGGCAGUUAUCGUGCAAGAUGGGAUGAUCCUUUGGGAUUCUGCAAGCAUGUUGGACCCCCACUGGCGUUCAAGUGCAUAAAAGCUUCUGGUGGCCGAGUCCCUAGGACACUGGUAGGAGUUGCAAGAAUAUAUCCUAUUUUGUACAAGGAGAGGUUGCCUGAUGGUUGUUCUAUUGUGAGAUCUGAAAGGAUGGAAAGAAAGGCGCUACAACUGUAUCACCAGAGAGUAUCUAAGAUCGCAGAAGACAUUAUGUCUGAACAAGAUGAAAACUGUGCCAGCACUGAUGACAGCGAGGAAGGGGCGAAAAUUUGCAAAAUGCUAGAGCAGGCGGCUGAGCCUGAAGUUAUGAUGGCUGGCCUGACCUCAGAGCAGAUAAUAUCUUUCUCAUCUUAUCAAGCAAAGCAAAAGGAAGCUAGGCAAAACGAAGUAGCUAAGAAGGUCGAAAAUGCUCUGGAAGUUGCUGGCCUUAGUUCAAGAGAUGUUACGCCAUUUUUGAAAGUGAGGGUGACGAGCCUUGCUCACAAAAUCUCUGCUACAAAAACCAUCAACAAGGAAGGGCUAAUAACAAUUUGGAACCCUACUGAGAAGCAAAAAGCCGACCUGGUGGAGGGACAAGUUUACAUCGCCACAGGAUUGCUGCCUUCUGCCCACUGUACUAACAUUCUUUACUUGCAUGCUAGAGGAUCAUCUACAGUGUGGAAGCCAUUAGCAUCGGCACAGGCUGCAGAUUUUCAACCAUUUUUUACCCCACGUAAGGCGGUUGAGCUGUCAUUGAUUGGUGAGGUACCACUUGCAAGUCUUUCUUGCAGUGAAUUUGACAUUGCAGGUGUUGUUUUGCAUGUCGGCGAUGUUUACUUAUGCAGCAACCAGAAAAGGCAGUGGCUCUUUUUGACAGAUGGAUCUAAAUUUAUCUCGGCAUCGCAGUCCACAGUGCAAGAUGAUUGUCUUCUAGCAGUUAGCUUUUCUUGCUCAUCUGCCAGCGAUGAUGGUGCCUUUUUCAGUUAUGCCCUUUCUGGAAAUACAGUUGGUUUCAGUAACUUGGUCAAGCGACAGAAGGACCAGACAAGGCGCAUAUGGGUAGCCGAGGCAACACAGAGCUCUACAUACACUCUUUCCCAUGAGAUAUCAAAAAAAUCGCAUCUUAAGGAAGCUGCAACAUGUGCUGAGAAAUGGGCUUCAAGUUCUUUUGAUAAAAUCCAGCAGCUAAAGGAAAAGGUUUUAUGCAUAAUUGGUGAUAGCGGUGGCUGACAUACUAUGGAAUAAUGAAGGCUGCUGCUUUUGCAAGUAAUGUAAGAAAAUGUUCCAAGUUGUGCAGAGUUUACUGUACACACUGGAUGCUCAUUGGUAGUGAAGCGAUAUCGGCGUAACAAAGAUACCUAUUUAUUAUGCCUAUGCACUUUAUAGAGAUUGCGAGGCGGAGCAUUACAGAUCAGCUAAACUUGUGGAACAAAUGCGAUUACCCUCGACUGACAAGCACUUCUUGAAUACUCAAGAUGACAGCCACAGGGAUUGGAAUCAAUAUACAUCAACCGGGAGACGAACAUGACAGGAAAUUUAUGAUUCAGGCUUCGACCGAUGAUGCUCACGUCCCCCUUGUGAGUCGUGACUGAAUCUUUGGCUCUUCAGCUGGCAGCCAAGAUUGCCCGCACCCUUCAACUUCAGCAGGUCUCCUUCCUCACGGACAACCUCUCUCUCGCGAAGAUGGCCGCUUCCAGGAACCUCAUUGGCAGCAGCAUAAAUGCUUGGGCGGUGUACUAAUGCUGGCGUACCGAGCUAAAUGUUUUUGAGACAAGACACUUCCAUGAGAGACGAGUAUCAUGGAUUUUUGAUCAUGAUGUUCUUUUCUUGUAUGCUACUCCUCUGUACCUACAUUUUGGUACAGAGGUAGUAAAUUAUUAAAAAAUAAAGAAGGAAAGCUUCAUUGGUGAAA